AUGGCGGUUGACUCGUUGGAAUCGGUGGCCUUCGUCGCGGUGCCCUUCCCUGCGCAGGGUCACCUGAACCAGCUGAUGCACCUGUCCCUGCUGGUCGCGAAGCGGGGGAUCUCGGUGCACUACGCGGCGCCGGCGCCGCACGUCCGGCAGGCGCGGUCGCGCGUGCACGGCUGGGACCCCGACGCGCUCGGCUCCAUCAAGUUCCACGACCUCGACGUCUCCACCUACGAGUCCCCGCCCCCCGACCCGACCGCCCCGUCCCCGUUCCCGAACCACCUGAUGCCGAUGUUCGAGACCUUCACCACCGCCGCGCGCGCCCCUCUCGGAGUCCUCCUGCAGACGCUCUCCGCCACCCACCGCCGCGUCGUCGUCGUCUACGACAAGCUCAACUCCUUCGCCGCCGUCGAGGCGGCGCGGCUCAGCAACGGCGAGGCCUUCGGGCUGCAGUGCGUCGCCAUCUCCUACAACAUCGGGUGGCUGGACGCCGGCCACAGGCUCAUCACCGACCACGGCCUGCAGUUCCUCCCCAUCGACGUCUGCAUGUCCAAGGAGUUCGUGGAGUACGUGUUCAGGACGGAGAAGGAGCUGCAGGAAGCGGGAGGCGUCGCCUCCGCCGGCCUCGUCAUGAACACGUGCCGCGCGCUCGAGGGCGAGUUCAUCGACGCCAUCGCCGAGUACCCGGAGUUCAAGGACCAGAAGCUCUUCGCGGUCGGGCCGCUGAACCCGCUGCUGGACGCGAGCGCCAGGGCACCGCCGGGGAAGACGCGGCACGAGUGCAUGGAGUGGCUCGACAAGCAGCCGCCGGCGUCGGUGCUCUAUGUGUCCUUUGGAACCACGUCGUCAUUUCGGGUAGAGCAGAUUGCCGAGAUAGCCGCGGCACUCAAGGGCAGCAAGCAGAGGUUCAUCUGGGUAUUACGCGACGCCGACCGGGCCGACAUAUUUGCAGAGUCAGGCAGCGAGAGUCCGUACGAGAAGCUCCUGUCCAAGUUCACUGCAGACACUGAGGGGACGGGGCUGGUGAUCACCGGGUGGGCACCGCAGCUGGAGAUCCUGGCGCACGGUGCCACCGCGGCUUUCAUGAGCCACUGCGGCUGGAACUCGACUAUGGAGAGCCUGAGCCACGGUAAGCCGAUCCUCGCCUGGCCAAUGCACUCCGACCAGCCGUGGGACGCGGACUUUCUCUGCAAGUACCUCAAGGUCGGCCUCCUCGUGAGGCCAUGGGAGAAGCACAGUGAGGUGGUGCCGUCGGCGGCCAUCCAGGAGGUGAUCGAGGAGGCGAUGGUCUCGGACAAUGGGAUGGUGGUGCGGCACCGGGCAAAGGUGCUCGGUGAGGCUGUCCGUGCCUCCGUAGGGGAGGGUGGCUCCUCGACCAAAGGCCUUGAUGACUUUGUUGCUUACAUCACAAGGUGAUCGCCGUAUCGGCGUAGGGCGUACUGUCAUACUAGUGCAAAAAAUCGGAAGAGUUUGAAUUAUAUUCUUGAAAUUUUACAUUUCAUUUUGAAUUA